AUGAGAGCAGGGCAUGGAGAGCAGGGGAUGGAGAGCAGGGCAUGGAGAGCAGGGCAUGGAGAGCAGGGCAUGGAGAGCAGGGCAUGGAGAGCAGGGGAUGGAGAGCAGGGCAUGGAGAGCAGGGGAUGGAGAGCAGGGCAUGGAGAGCAGGGCAUGGAGAGCAGGGCAUGGAGAGCAGGGGAUGGAGAGCAGGGCAUGGAGAGCAGGGGAUGGAGAGCAGGGGAUGGAGAGCAGGGCAUGGAGAGCAGGGGAUGGAGAGCAGGGCAUGGAGAGCAGGGGAUGAAGAGCAGGGCAUGGAGAGCAGGGCAUGUAGAGCAGGGCAUGGAGAGCAGGGUAAUGAGAGCAGGGCAUGGAGAGCAGGGGAUGAAGAGCAGGGCAUGGAGAGCAGGGCAUGGAGAGCAGGGCAUGGAGAGCAGGGCAUGGAGAGCAGGGGAUGGAGAGCAGGGCAUGGAGAGCAGGGCAAGGAGAGCAGGGCAUGAAGAGCAGGGCAUGGCAUCAUCUGCAAACUUUUAUAUGGAAUUAAAAGGAUUAUCCGAUCGAAAAUUAUUAGCUUAUAAAAUGUACGAAAAUGGGGAUGUCAAUGCCCCUCGUGGCGCCCCUGUGUUAUCUUACGUGCCUUCGAUGUUACACUGUUUACUCUAA